AUGGAGCCCCUGAUUCGUGACAACGUCCGCAUCCUGAUAGCUCGAAUCGACGACUGGUGUCAACAAAACAACGCAGAACCUCCCCUGGACUUGCGCCGCUGGUUCAAUUACCUGACAUUCGAUGUCAUCGGGUCAAUGGCAUUCAGUCAGCCAUUUGGGUUCCUCCGCAACAGGGCAGAUUCCAAGGUAAUCGAAGGGGUUGGAGACCGGCAUGAGGUCCCAAGUGUCAUUGAUGCUCUGAUCUUUGGCCUCCGCUUCAACAUCACGGUGGCACAAUUGUCCACCUCGUUGGGAACCGUCAAGUCGGUAAAAGCGUUGGUCAGUGCGAUCACCACUGGACUUCUGUCGAGUUCGUGCUAUCUCCUGGCAUCGCACCCGGAAUGUUUGGCAAAACUCCGAAAGGAAAUUGAUAGUGUCAUGCCAUUUGCGGCGGGUGACCACUCGGACUUUGACCAGGAGAUUGUUCCCUACGACCUCAUCAUCAAGAACUUGACGUAUCUUCGCGCCGUCAUUGAUGAGACACUGCGUCUCCGGCCGCCAAUUUCCUUCGCCCUCCCACGGCGCGUCUAUGCGCCCGAGGGUGCCAACAUAGCUGGCCAUCAUGUCGGCCAGGGGACCAUUGUCGCUGUACCUCCCUAUACAAUCCACCGCAAGGCGUCGUUGUAUUCCGAUCCCGAAGACUUCAAGCCCCAGCGAUGGUUCCAAGAAGAAGGCAAUUUCGAUCCAGAGAAAGAGUCCGAGAUCCAUAACUUGAAAGCAUAUACUAUACCGUUCAGUCAAGGGUCUCGAGCUUGUAUCGGACGUCAUAUUGCGGUGGUGGAAGUCCAGAUCUUGCUGGCAACGAUGAUCCGGCGUUAUGAUAUCAGCCUGGUAUCGAAGGAUCAGCAGCUUGACAUCUUCGAACAGUUCAACGCGAACCCAGGCCCCCUUCCCCUCAUUAUUUCGAGAAGGGUUGCAGCUUGA